AUGGGCAGACAAUCCCGGGUCAUGCUCUUCCUCGUUCUUGUCCUAGUUGGCUGCAUUUGCUACUCAGCAGGCUCCACCUCAUCUCAAUGCUGGCUUGACUACUCACAGAUUCGUCACACUGCACUUCCGAGGGAUCUGGAGUCCGACUACGGAGCUGUUUUGAAAGGAAUCGGUGCUGGCACAUCAGGCUCUGUGUUUCUGCUUCUGCGGCACGCCGACAAUGCUACCGUAGCAGUCAAACAGUUUCACAACUCGGCCUCCGCCUCAGAUCAACAUCAGCAUGAGCUUUUGACUCAAAGGGUUAGGCUUGAGUAUCAUCUAGGAACUCUCCUCAACGGCCAUCGGGGCAUCUCAGAGAGCCUCGAGCUUCUCUUCGAAGAACCUUCAUCGACUUGGUUUAUGGUGACGGAGUUCUGUCCCAGGAGCCUGGCAAAGGAGCGUCGCUCAACCGGCUUGGGGUCGCUGACAACAAUAUUCCGUGAGGUUGUCGAGGCUGUGGAUUAUAUGCACUCAAAAGGCAUAGCUCACGGAGAUCUCAAGCUAGAGAACGUCCUUCUGACGCCUGAUGGACGACCCAAGUUGAUCGACUUUGGUGCCGCCACAUUCUCGGCCUGCCCGACAGAAACCCUCGGCUCAGCAGACAGUGUCAACGUCGUCCCCGGAGACUAUGGCACCACAGCCUACAUGCCGCCUGACGCCUUCUCACAACUCGAGUUCGACAAGGCCAAAGCCGAUGUGUGGGCCCUCGGCGUUUUAUUCUAUGUGAUGAUUACGGGAUCAGUUCCUUGGUCGUCUGCCUCAAUAGAUGACCCCAGCUACCAAGUCUAUGUGACACAGGGACCGGUCGACGACAGAUUCACUUCAGACCAUUGCCCUAGAUGGGACAAAUCGACGAUUCAAUUCCAGACAUGUUCCUCCGGAGCCUUUCAUUUACUACAAAAACUGCCGCCUCACGCAAAGGAGAUGAUUGCGUCGAUGCUAGUGCCUGAGCCACUGCAACGGCCUUCACUCCAGACUCUGUUAUACUCUUUGUCCUAA